AUGGACGACCUAAUAUCUCUAGGCGAGACGUUACAGCAGGCGUCGUCGGCCCUCGUGGGAGACGACAUUCAGGCGGACCCUCGCUCGGGGUCGGCUCCUGUCAUCCAGCUCUUGGUCAUCGGCGCGCCGGGUUCGGGAAAGUCAGCUGUCCUCAACACGCUCAUCGGCCAUGCCGUCCUGCCAACAGGAGAGGGCGGGUGCACGCGCUUCCCAGUGCUGGUUGACUUGCAUCGCGACCAGAACUUGUCGGCCGGCGCUGUGCGCGGCAAUCUCGGCGCCAGAGCCAACAUGCCCAAGCCCUCGGAGAUCCGGCAGGCACUGCAGUCCGACAUGAGCAAGGCCAAGGGGUCGUCCAGGCACAGAGAGGAGGCGCAACUCAUUCUUCGCUCACCGAUUGCCCCACCAAUGCGCAUCAUCGAUCUGCCUGGAAUUGAAAAGGCGUCGCAAAUGGACGGAGCAUUCCAGGACAACGUGUCCAACAACGAUGCAGUCAUCCUGGUGGUGAUCUCUGCCACGGCAGUCAAGGACUCUCUUAAGAUCCUCCGCAUCGCGCACGACAUCGACAGAGAAGGUGUGAGAACCAUCGGGGUGAUUACAAAGUUCGACCAUGUGAUGAAGGACAGGGACACGGCGAAGCUGGCAGUGGAUCUGCUGCAGAAGCAGGGAGCGGCCAUGGCCCAGGACUACCCGUGGGUGGCUGUCAUUGGGCAGCCUCUGGGAGACAAGGACACAAAUGAGCCCAUGGAUGGUGCAUGGCAGGAGGAAUACAAGGUCUUAUCGCAGGUGAUGCGGGCGAAUGGAGUCAAAGGCAUGGACACGCCCAUGGGUCGCGACGCGUUGCUGCGGCUGAUUGCUCGCACCGUGCGGCACAAGAUGAAGGAAAAGAUUCCUCGCAUUAUGUCCGCCCUGGAGGGUCGGUCUGAGGAGGUGGACGCGGAGCUACUCAGGCUGGGCGACUCACUGGUCUCCAGCCUCAACGGCUCACGUGCGCUCGCGUUGGAGCUGUGCCGAGGGUUUGAGACCAAGUUCUGCGAGAACCUGGACGGCAGUGAGGGCGGAGGGUCGCAGAUGGUGGAGAAGUUUGUGGGCACGCUUCCGCUGCGCUUCAGAGGGCUCCCUCUGGACGAAACGUUCAGCUUUGACAACGUCAAGAAGGUGGUGAUGGUGGCGGACGGGUACCAGCCAUACCUGCUGUCGCCAGAGAAGGGCCUGCGCCUUCUCAUCAAGAGGAGUCUCGAGCUGGCUAAGCAGCCUGGCAUUGACUGUGUGGACGAGGUGCACAAGAUUCUCGUGGACAUCGUUGCAGGUGCUGCGUCCCAAGCCCCUUCGCUCGUCCGCUUCCCACCCAUGAAAACAGAGCUGGUGGCCAUAGCAUCAGCAGCAUUGGACGAGUACCGCACAGAGGCGAAGCGCAUGGUGACAGCCAUAGUGGACAUGGAGAAGGGCUUCGUGCCGCCGUCGCACUUCAUUGAGGCAGAGUAUAAGCGGCAGGAGAAGUUAUGGAAGGAGUUGGAAGUGGCUCGCAAGGGCUUGCAGGACCGAGGCGUGCUCUCCCGCUCUUCGACAGGAGACAGUGGGGGCGGUCGCUUCGCCUCUGCCAUGUCGUCAUUCAGCCGCAAGAAAGAGCCUCCCCCACCUCCGGCCCCCUCUGAUGCCUCUCAGUCCCUGGGUCCAGUCAAGGAGCUUGCAGGGUUCCUCUGGAAAGUGAGCUCCAAGGGGGGAUGGAGCAAGCGCUGGUUCGCACUCAGCGACAAGACCGCCCGGCUCUACUACGUGAAGAAGCCCGAUGAGAAGACUCCAAGGGGAGUCAUUCCUCUUGAGGAUUGCAUAAUAGACGAGAUAGUGCCGCCAGAGGAGGUGCCAUCAGCGUCAGACAUCAAGGCAGGGUCCAACCCCUCGGCACAGGCACUCUCCUUCAAGAUCGGCAACAGAGUGCCGUACAAGACAGUGGUCAAAGGUGGGUCAACGCUGGUCAAAGGUGGGUCAACGCUGGUCAAAGGUGGGUCAACGCUGGUCAAAGGUGGGUCAACGCUGGUCAAAGGUGGGUCAACACUGGUCAAAGGUUGGUCAACGCUGGUCAAAGGUGGGUCAACGCUGGUCAAAGGUGGGUCAACGCUGGUCAAAGGUGGGUCAACGCUGGUGAAAGGUGGUGUAACUGGGGCAAAGUGA